AAUUCAAGUUACGGCAGUGUUCAUUGCAUUUUCGUAACAUAAAGACAAAAUUAAUAACAAUGAAGACACAUUUAUUUGCUUUUCUAACAGUUGUGUUAACUGGAGCUAAUGCUGCUUUGGCACCAUUUAUAAAGCCAUGCAAGCUUAAUGAUAAAGAAUGUGUAAAAUCCAGUGCAACAGCAGCGAUACCUUUUAUUGUACCGGGAAUACCCGCCCUAGAUAUCCCACCCAGUGAACCCUUGUACAUAAAACAAGCCACAUCUGACCAGGGUGAAAUGAAACUGACCUUUAACGAUAUGAACAUAUAUGGUUUAAGCCAAAGUACCUUUAACAAUGUAGAAAUGGAUGAGGCGAAAUCAGUAAUACGUAUAGAAUUAGAAACUCCUCUUUUUGCUAACGGUACUUAUAAAUUAGAAGGCAAAAUUCUCUUUAUCCCCGCUGAAGGAGAAGGAAACAUUGAGAUCAAAACAGAUAAAGUUAAGGUGUUCAUUGAUGUAAAAUAUACAACAAUCACGGACAAAAAAGGUGAUAAGUACUGGAAGUUGACAAGUUACGAUUACAAAUAUGACUUAAUCAACAAAGUCUAUUUUAUGCCUGAAAAUCUAUUCGGUGGAGAUGCUACUAGAGCCAAGCCACUUUUGGAAUUAUUUGAUCAAAGCUGGAAGGAGUUGAUAACAGAAUUAGGAGCACCUAUAAUAAAAGACGUAGUCAAAAUCGCUAUUGAACGUGUGAAGAAGUUCUUCCUGGCUGUAUCUAUUUCUGAACUUGUACAAUCUUGAUUAAUAUAUGCAACUAGCGCUAAUACGCCCGGACUUAGUUCGUAUUUUUUUGAAAUAAAAACUACUUAUCCUUA